CCUCAAAGUCAGGACUCCCCACCAAUGGAAAAAGUAAUUGCCGUUGCUCUACGGACUCGUCUUUAAAAAGAUUUAAGAUUGGCAGCACCGAGAACCUUAGCCUCCCUCACCAUUUCCUCAAAUCCUCUCUUCUUCUUCUUCUUCUUCUUCUUCUUCUUCUUCUCUGUUGGUUGAUCUGCCAACAACUACAGACAACCAUGGCAGACCAACAGAGAGUCUACCCAUACGACGUCGAGGCUCGGCCGACCGCACCACUAGCUCCACGCAACGCUCUCAUCUCCGAGAAAGGUGACCCGUCGACGCCGCCCCGUAUCCCUUCUUAUGGCCGCCGGCCCCCGCCGCUGAUCUUCUCGCCUCCUCCCAGACGCUCAAGCAACUGUUGCUGCCGCUGCCUAUGCUGUUUCUUCUGCGUGCUCCUCGUCCUCGCCGUGGCCAUCGCCGCCGCCGCCUUUGCAAUUUAUCUGAUCUUCCAGCCGAAGCUGCCGGACUACUCCGUCGACCGGCUCAGGCUAACGGCCUUCCAGAUCACCCCGGGCUUCCCCACGACCCUGUACUCGCAGUUCGUGGUGACGGUUACGGCCACGAACCCGAACAAGAAGAUUGGGAUUUACUACGAGUCCGGCAGCAGGCUGAGCGUGUGGUACACGAACACAAGCCUGUCGACGGGGCAGCUGCCGGUGUUCUACCAGGGUCACCGGAACACGACGGUCCUCAACGUGGUGUUGACGGGGCAGAACGAGGUGGGGAGCGGGUUGCAGACUGCCUUGGCGGAGCAGCAGCAGACGGGGCAGAUCCCCUUGGACUUUUACGCGGAUGUUCCUGUGAAGGUCAAGCUCGGAAGUUUGAAGCUCAGGAAAGUCAUUUUCCGGGUCUAUUGCAGUUUGGUCGUCGAUAGCCUCACCGUCGACGGCCGGAUCGGUAUCAAAGCUAAUGACUGCAGUUUCCGAUUGAAGCUUUAGAUUAACAAAAACCAUAUGUGGAUACCUUCCGGCCUCGAAUUUUUUUGUUCUUUAGAAUAAUUUCUUUUCUUCUUUCUAUUUGUAA